GGGCCCGGGGAGGGGGCCGGUGGUGGCGGAGGGGUCCCAGGGGUCCCCGGCCAUGGCCCAGCUGGAGACGCAGUACCAGCGGCUGGAGAGCUCCUCCACGGAGUCCCCGCCCGGCGGCGGAGACCUCCUGGUGCACGUCCCGGAGGGAGCCAAGUCUCCGUGGCACCACAUAGAGAACCUGGACCUCUUCUUCUCUCGGGUCUAUAACCUGCAUCAGAAGAAUGGCUUCACCUGCAUGCUCAUCGGGGAGAUCUUUGAGCUCAUGCAGUUCAUCUUCGUGGUGGCGUUCACCACCUUUCUUAUCAGCUGUGUUGAUUAUGACAUCCUUUUUGCCAACAAGGCAGUAAAUCACAGCCAGCAUCCAAGUGAGCCCAUUAAGGUGACUCUACCAGAUGCCUUCCUGCCUCCAAAUGUCUGCAGUGCAAGAAUCCAGGCAAACAGCUUCCUCAUCUGCAUCCUGGUGAUAGCUGGAGUUUUCUGGAUCCACCGGCUUGUCAAAUUUAUUUACAAUAUUUGCUGCUACUGGGAGAUUCACUCUUUCUACAUCAACGCCCUCAGAAUCCCCAUGUCCAACCUGCCCUACUACACCUGGCAGGAGGUGCAGGCCCGCAUCGUGCAGAUCCAGAAGGAGCACCAGAUCUGCAUCCACAAGAAGGAGCUGACAGAGCUGGACAUCUACCACCGCAUCCUCCGCUUCAAGAACUACAUGGUGGCCAUGGUGAACAAGUCGCUGCUGCCCAUCCGCUUCCGCCUGCCCCUGCUGGGAGACACCGUCUUCUACACACGGGGGCUCAAGUACAACUUCGAGCUCAUCUUCUUCUGGGGGCCUGGCUCUCUCUUCGAGAACGAGUGGAGCCUCAAGGCCGAGUACAAACGGGCUGGGAACCGCCUGGAGCUGGCCGAGAAGCUCAGCACUCGCAUCCUCUGGAUUGGCAUCGCCAACUUCCUCCUCUGCCCUCUCAUCCUCAUCUGGCAGAUCCUCUACGCCUUCUUCAGCUACACGGAGAUCCUGAAGCGGGAGCCGGGCAGCCUGGGUGCCCGCUGCUGGUCUCUCUACGGCCGCUGUUACCUCCGUCACUUCAACGAGCUGGACCACGAACUGCACUCGCGCCUCAGCAAAGGCUACAAGCCAGCUUCCAAGUACAUGAACUGCUUCAUCUCCCCGCUCCUCACCAUCGUGGCCAAGAACGUGGCCUUCUUUGCUGGCUCCAUCCUGGCCGUGCUCAUCGCUCUCACCAUCUACGACGAAGACGUGCUGGCUGUCGAGCACGUCCUGACCACGGUCACCCUGCUCGGGGUGGGCAUCACGGUGUGCAGGUCCUUCAUCCCCGACCAGCACCUGGUGUUUUGCCCAGAGCAGCUGCUGCGGGUCAUCCUGGCGCACAUCCACUACAUGCCUGACCACUGGCAGGGCAAUGCCCACCGCUAUGAGACCAGGGACGAGUUUGCCCAGCUCUUCCAGUACAAAGCGGUCUUCAUCCUGGAGGAGCUCCUGAGCCCCAUCAUUACCCCCCUGAUCCUCAUCAUCUGCCUGCGGCCCAAGUCCUUGGACAUCGUCGAUUUUUUCCGCAACUUCACCGUGGAGGUGGUGGGUGUGGGUGACACCUGCUCCUUCGCCCAGAUGGACGUGCGCCAGCAUGGCCACCCGGCGUGGAUGUCAGCAGGAAAGACGGAGGCCUCCAUUUACCAGCAGGCGGAGGAUGGCAAGACGGAGCUGUCCCUCAUGCACUUCGCCAUCACCAACCCCAAGUGGCAGCCACCCCGCGAGAGCACGGCCUUCAUCGGCUUCCUCAAGGAGCGGGUGCACCGCGACAGCAGCGUGGCACUGGCCCAGCAGGCUGUGCUCCCCGAAAACGCCCUCUUCAGCUCCAUCCAGUCCCUGCAGUCAGAGUCGGAGCCUCACAGCCUGAUUGCCAAUGUGAUAGCGGGCUCCUCGGCGCUGGGCUUCCACAUGGGCCGUGAUGGACAGGCUUCUCGCCACCUCUCCGAAGUGGCCUCGGCCCUGCGUUCCUUCUCCCCGCUCCAGUCUGCCCAGCAGCCCCCCAGUGGCUUCCAGAUGGCAGGAAGGGACGGAGAGGGUACCCAGCCUCGGGGUGCCAGUGCCAUGACGGCCUCUGGUGCUGAUGCGAGGACCGUGAGCUCAGGGAGCAGUGCCUGGGAGGGUCAGCUGCAGAGCAUGAUUCUGUCAGAGUAUGCCUCCACCGAGAUGAGUCUCCACGCGCUCUACAUGCACGAGCUGCACAAGCAGCACGCCCAGCUGGAGCCCGAGCGGCACACUUGGCACCGGCGGGAGAGCGACGAGAGCGGCGAGAGCACCCACGAGGAGCUGGAUGCUCAGCGGGGUGCCCCUGUCCCCAUCCCUCGCUCUGCCAGCUACCCCUUUUCCUCGCCACGGCAGCCCGCUGAGGAGACGUCCACGCUGCAGACUGGCUUCCAGCGGCGCUACGGUGGCAUCACAGACCCAGGCACAGUGCACAGAGCCCCGUCACACUUCUCCCGCCUCCCGCUGGGAGGCUGGGCUGAGGACGGGCAAGCAGCGAGACACCCGGAGCCCGUGCCAGAGGAGAGCUCGGAGGAUGAGCUUCCACCGCAGAUCCACAAGGUAUAGCCUUGGAGACUGGGGAUCUCGUGGGGGAUGCAGACUGGGGGCCGCCUGGACAGCAGGAUGCGGUGUCAGCCUGGUUCUUCUCCUGUCCCGAGGGGACAGGGUGGUCGUGGGCUCCAUUUUAUUGCCAUCAAUUGCCGAAGAGACAAAGCUGCCCGGCCAGCGGCUUUGCGGUGGCGCCUUGUGUCCAGCCGUGUGUCGAGCCAACGCCACUCUGACUCUUGUGGGGUGAAUGCGUGUGUGAGUACAUACAUGUGUCUGUGUUCA